GCGGGGUAUAAAGGCAGUUGCACGGCAAGUGGACUGCGCUCCUGGACAAAGCUCCUCUUUAAAACAACAUGAUGCUCAAGUCCGUCACAGAGAGCUUUGCCAAAGUGAUCCAUGGCCUGCAGGUGGGACACCUGACUGAUCGCGUCAUUCAGAGGAGCAAGAGGAUGAUUCUGGACACACUGGGUGUUGGGAUCCUGGGAACCAGUACAGACGUGUUUCACAAAGCCAGCAAAUAUAGUAAAAUUUACAGUUCCCAUCUAUCCAGCACUGUUUGGGGCCAUCCAGACUUGAGGAUCCCGCCGACAUACGCCGCUUUCGUUAAUGGUGUGGCUAUUCACUCAAUGGAUUUUGAUGACACGUGGCACCCUGCCACCCAUCCUUCUGGAGCUGUCCUUCCUGUCCUCGUGGCUUUAUCAGAAGCCCUGCCUCGAAGUUCGAAGUGUUCUGGCCUCGACCUGCUGCUGGCUUUCAAUGUUGGGAUUGAAGUGCAAGGUCAAUUGAUGCAUUUCUCCAAGGAGGCUAAUAACAUACCGAAGAGAUUCCAUCCCCCUUCGGUGGUAGGAACGUUGGGUAGCGCUGCUGCGACAUCCAAGCUUUUAGGACUCAGCAUGACCAAGUGCCAAGAGGCCCUGGCUAUUGCUGUUUCUCUUGCUGGGGCACCCAUGGCAAAUGCUGCCACUCAGACUAAGCCUCUGCACAUUGGCAACGCCGCCAGGCAUGGGAUGGAAGCUGCUUUUCUGGCAAUGCUGGGUCUUCAAGGAAAUAAGCAAGUCUUGGACAUGGAGGCAGGGUUUGGGGCCUUCUAUGCCAACUAUUCCCCAAAAGUCCUUCCAAACCUCGAUUCCCACACUUGGCUGCUGGACCAGCAGGAUGUGGCCUUCAAGCGUUUCCCUGCACAUUUGGCCACCCACUGGGUGGCAGAUGCAGCUGCAUCUGUGAGAAAGCACCUUGUAAGAGACAGAGCCCUGCCUCCCUUUGACAGCAUUGAGAGAAUUGUGCUCAGAAUCCCAGAUGUCCCGUAUGUGAACAGGCCCUCGCCUGACUCAGAACACGAAGCCCGUCACUCAUUCCAGUAUGUGGCCUGUGCCAUGCUGCUUGACGGUGGCAUCACUGUCCCAUCAUUCCACAAACUCCAGAUCAACAGGCCACAGGUGAGAAAGCUGCUCCAUAAGGUGGAGCUGGAGCACCCUCAGGACAACCUGCCAAGCUUCAACACAAUGUACUGUGAGAUGAGUGUCACCCUCAGCGAUGGAGCCACCUUCACAGAGAGUUCUGAUGCCUUCUAUGGUCACUGGAGGAAGCCACUGAGCCAGAAGGACCUACAGGAGAAGUUCCGAUCGAACGCCUCCAGGACACUGUCCUGUGACACAGUUGAAAGACUAAUAGAAAUAGUAGCAAACCUGGAAGACCUGGAAGACUGUUCUGCAUUAACCACGCUUCUGAAAGGACCCUCACCACCAGAGACCAUCUCAACAUUUAUCUAGCACUUAACAAUUCCA